GCAUCAUUGCACGUCGAGAUGAGAUGCAGUCAGUGGUCCUCGUCCUCGAUGCGCCAAGAAGAAUUGAAAUCCUCAGUUCCGAUUGGUUGCAGUCAGACGACAUCUUGGAUUCUGAGCCCCGUAUACUCACUGGCAGUACUGGAUACAGAUAUUACCAUACUACAAUCAUCUUCUGGUACUAUACCGGCCAUCACACGCGUAUCUGUCUUUCCUGGUGUAGCUGAGACGUUUCACAAUUCUUCCAGAAUCUGCAUGUCGAUUUGCUGCUUUGUUGGGGGCUUUUUCCUCUCGUUGAUGGCGUUCAAAGCGUGAUCACCACUGCCGCAAAGCAGGCAGCCACGGCGCUAAAUUUAAGCACAACCUUGAAGAACCUAUCCCUUCUUUAGGAACUCCAAGACGCUCUUUCAGUCUCAGCUGAUGUUCUCCGGACUGCCAGUACACCACGCUCUCAGCCAACAUGGCGGACACCAUUUCGAUUCUUGUCGCCACAGACAACCACGUAGGAGCCCACGAGCGAGAUCCCAUCCGCGGCGACGACUCGUGGAGGACGUUCCACGAGAUUAUGUGCCUCGCGAAAGAACGGGAUGUUGACAUGGUUCUCCUCGCCGGAGACCUGUUCCACGAGAACAAACCCUCACGGAAAUCCAUGUACAAUGUCAUGCGGUCAAUACGGCUCAACUGUUUCGGUGAUAAACCAUGCGAGCUCGAAAUGCUCAGCGACGAAUCGGAACACUUUGACGCCACAUUUGACCACGUCAACUACGAAGACCCCAAUAUCAAUGUCGGCAUUCCCGUCUUCUCCAUCCACGGCAACCAUGACGAUCCGACCGGCGAUGGGCACUAUGCGGCGCUGGACCUGCUCGCCGUCGCCGGGCUGAUUAACUACUAUGGCAAAACUCCGCAGAGCGACGACAUCGAAGUCAAACCCGUGCUGUUGCAGAAAGGUCGCACCAAGCUCGCACUGUACGGCCUUUCCAAUGUCCGAGACGAGCGACUCUAUCGCACGUUUCGAAACAACAAGGUCAAGUUCCACCGACCAAGCACCCAGAUGGAAGACUGGUACAAUAUCAUAGCCGUCCACCAGAACCAUCAUGCCUACACGGAAACAUCAUACUUGCCGGAAAACUUCCUUCCCGGCUUUCUUGACCUGGUGAUAUGGGGCCACGAACACGAGUGUCUGAUUGAGCCUCGGUUGAACCCGGAAAUGAAUUUCCAGGUCAUGCAACCAGGCUCUUCCGUCGCGACAUCACUGAUCCCUGGAGAAGCCGUGCCGAAGCGUGUUGCCAUUGUCACCAUCACAGGUCGGGAGAUGAAAUGUGAGCCAAUCCGUCUGAAAACCGUGCGUCCAUUCGUAUACAAAGAUCUUGUCUUGAGCACGGAUAAAGAAGCGGUCCGGAUUGCCAAACACAAGGAGGACCAUCGAACCGAGCUCACGCGAUACCUGAUUGGUAUUGUCGAGGGACUGAUUGAACAGGCAAAGGCAGAAUGGCGGGAAGCGCAAGAGGAGAGAAAUGCCCAAGAUGAAGAGGCAGAAGAAUGUCCACUACCCUUGAUCCGCCUUCGGGUGGAAACGACGCCGGCCGACGGCGUAGGCAAAUUCGACGUGGAAAACCCACAACGCUUCUCGAACCGAUUUAUUGACAGGGUCGCCAACACCACGGACGUGAUCCAGUUCCACGUGAAGAAGAGAAAUGCAUUGGCCCGUGCUGCCCGAGAUGCAGAAGCGGACCGGGCAGUCAUGGCCAAGUUCCAAGGGCUCGAGAACAUCAAGGUGGAAAAACUAGUGCGAGAGUUCCUCCAAGCACAGUCCCUCACGAUCCUGCCUCAAAACAGAUUUGGGGACGCCGUGUCCGAUUACGUGGACAAGGACGACAAGCAUGCAAUGGAGCUGUUUGUGAAUACGUCUCUCGCAGACCAAAUCAAGAACCUGGUCAAACUGCAGGCGGAUGCCAAUGCCGACGAGGACGAUGACGAGGACCUCGCCGCGCAAAUCAACGAGCAGCGAGCGAGGAUGGAAGAGCUGUUUGCUAAGGGCUUACUGAAGCUUCCAACCAGCAAAGCUCGCUACAAACCCAAGCCAGACGAUUGGGACAGUGACUUGGAUGGCCACUGGGAGGACCAGCUGACCGCGUUGAUACGUUCGUCCGAGGCCUCGGAGGAUGACAAUAACGAUCAUGACGACGUCGAGGAAGAGGAUGCAACGCCUGCACCCCGCAGCACUGCCGCCCGAGGACGCGGUAGAGGCAGAGGUAGAGGCGGCCCCGCCGGUGCAACUACUGCGGCGUCCACGCGGAAGACUACAACAACAACAAGCACGACUAAGAAAAAGCCUGCUGGUGCUGCGGCUACAGGAAGAGGUCGGAAGAGAGCCAUUUCUGACGACGAAGAGGAAGAGGAAGAAGAAGAUGCUCUUAUGCUCGAUGACGAUGAUGUUGUCGAUGAUGACGAAGAGGAAGAACCCAAUUCACAGGCCAUGUUCUUCCCAGAUAAGCGGAAAACUGCUACUAAAACGGCCUCGAACACGAACGCCGGAGGCCGCACCACUAGGGCUACGGCUACUAGUACGCCUGCGUUGUCCGGUACCAGUGCUCGAGGCAGGAAGGCCGCUUCACCUGCGCCGAAGAAGAAACCUGCGCCUGCUCCGGCUCGAACUGCAGCAACAAGGGCGAAGCAGUCAACGCUCAACUUCACCUCGUCCCAGAGGAGCAUUCUUGGGAAUGGCACAGGCAAGAGUCAAAGCAUCGAAAUCGAAGAUGAUGACGACGACGACGAGGACGCAUUCGAAUCGGCUCCUGCCGCUAGGCGUAGGCGGUAGAUCCGGGUCUACUAGUUCCUAGCAAAGCUCUCAUCUUUCUCCCUGGUGGUGGAAAUGGAACCAAAGGGUCAAACCACUUUGCGGGCAUGUUAAAUGCUGUGCCCGUGACUGCUGCAAACGAGCGUGUGGCAGCCAUCUCAGAGUGUUUGGACUUUGCGCGCAUGUGUACUUUGUGAAUUAUACCCAUCGGUUUUGAGAGUAAUGAAGAUGCAAAAAAAGGAGACAUGCUCUAAUUUAGAGAUGUACUGUAUGACUAGAUGAAAGAACAAAGGGUUUGUCCCAUACUAGUAUCUGGUGACAGCAGUGGAUGGCCAAGGGAAUAUCUACCCUAUCUGGCCUAUGUCCUAAUUAUCCCUGUCUUGUUACAACAGCCUUUGUGCUUCUAAUGAACCAACCCCUAGAGCAGAUCUGGCAUCUCGACGCCCGAUUUUGUUGACAUACAUUAUCUCACUCAG